CUCUCCUAUCAUCGUAGCUCCUUGCUAUUUCUAAAGAAACACGCAUUAUUUGAGUCUCUCAACUCCAAGGGUUAUUUCUCCAUCCACAUCUGCGGAUUAGGCAGAACAAAGAAAACAUAACAAACAUCAAAGGUCAUGGAAGUUGCACAUUUUUUAUUUGGCAUAUUUGGAAAUGCCUCCGCUCUGUUCCUCUUCUUGGCUCCAGUGAUCACAUUCAAGAGGAUUAUAAAGAACAGAUCCACGGAGAAGUUCUCGGGCAUUCCAUAUGUCAUGACACUGCUUAAUUGUCUCCUUUCAGCUUGGUAUGGUCUGCCUUUUGUGUCUCCCCACAACAUAUUAGUGUCAACAGUUAAUGGCACAGGUGCUUUGAUUGAAAUCAUAUACGUGUUGAUCUUCAUCACAUUGGCACCAAGGAAAGAAAAGGCUAAAAUUCUUGGUCUCUUCACCUUUGUGCUCUCGGUGUUCUCUGCUGUUGUUUUCGUGUCACUUUUUGCCCUGCAUGCCAAUGCCAGAAAACUCUUUUGUGGCUUCGCUCCUGCCAUAUUUUCCAUAAUCAUGUAUGGCUCGCCACUCUCAAUUAUGAGACUAGUGAUCAAAACCAAGAGUGUGGAGUUCAUGCCCUUCUUCUUGUCACUGUUUGUGUUUCUCUGCGGCACUUCCUGGUUUAUCUUUGGCCUGCUAGGCCGUGACCCAUUUGUAGCAGUACCUAAUGGCGUUGGUUCUGCUUUGGGGACAAUGCAACUAAUAUUGUAUUUCAUAUACCGAGAAAAGAAAGGUGUUGCAAAAAGGCAAGCCCAAACAGAGGAAGAAUCCAUGGAGAUGGGUGACACAAAACCCCAACAAGAGAAGCAAUCCAAUGCAAAUGGAACUCAAACAUGAUAUGUCGAGGAACAUCUUUGGAUUGCAACGACAAUGCUCAUCUUUGUCAUUUGUUUGCUACAAAAUGUGCAACUAGAGCAAGAACCUAUGUGAUUUGGUCUGCUCUUAAUUGUUUUAGUUCCAUAUGGCUGUAAUUUACUUCUUGCCAAGACAUUGGCAACUUUAGUCA